AUGUCUGAUUCGACCUUGUUCAGAGCCACCAGAAUACUCUGCAGAAGUAUAUCUAGUGAUAUGGAGGAGUCUGAGGCCAAGGGCAAAGGAGGAGCUGUCCCCAUGAGGAGGGGUUCUGACUGGGGAAGCAUCGCCAUGCUGGAUAAGACCAAAGAGUUCUUCCAGACCUGCGAUGUGGAGGGCAAAGGCUUCAUCACACGCACCGAUAUGAGGGUUAGAGGAGGGGGGCGAUGGGGGUCUUGUUUUGCCUCAGUUUUACACUUAUAGUUAUAGUCUUAGAUGUAAUGGACAUAUAUGUCUAUCCCAUUGAUGCAGCCAUGCUUAGAUAAUCAUUUUGACUGAAGGACAAUAAGUCUUGUUGGGAAUUAUGUCAAAACCCACUGGGCACAAACUGAUUGAAUCAAUGUUGUUUCCAUAUCAUUUCAACCAAAACAUUAAAUGUGAUGACGUUGAAUCAAUGUGGAAAACUGAUUGGAUUUGAAAAAAGUCAUCAACGUAAGAGAAUGUCGUAAUUUUUUCACCCAAUGUUUAACCUUAAUCCAAUGACAUGGUGACAUUUUUUGUUGAAUUCACGUUAGUUGACAACUGAACCAAAUGUAAAUCAAAACUAGGCGUUGAACUGACGUCUGUGCCCAGUGGGAAGUCACUGAUUUGAUUCUGAACAGAUAGUCAGUCAGUCACACACACACACAAACAACUAAAAUGAGUUGAAACAAGUUCAUUUUAUGGGUUGGGGUGAUGAUGCUGUCUCUCACAAACAAUCGGAGUAGGGCCACAACCAUGAGAUAACCAGAGGACAGUGUGACUUUGGCUAUGGCUCUCCUCUCUACCUCAUUGACCAUUCAGAGGUUUUCAUGUGGAGAACCUCUACACCCACUCACUGAAUCAGCCACUCACUAGCACGGCACCUUUGUUCACUGUGUUCAGGAAGACUGAAUGGAUGUCCAUCAGAAAUACGUGUGCACACACAUACACAUACUAUUUUUGUAUUUCACUCAAGCACUGUUUUGAAAUGAACAAGCGCCGGCUUUUGUUGUUGUCUGGGUUUAGAGGGGAUAGUGUUUUGCACAUUUUAUAGGAAAGGCUUAAAAAGGCAAACAGAAGAAUCACCUAGAAAAUUGUAGUGUUGACGUGUCCAUUAUCUAAGAAUAAUGUCAAAUGUAAAUACCUAUUAAUGAAUACGAUCAUAUGGCCUACACCUCCUGUUCCAAUAUUCUCCCGUCCCUUUUUGCAAUCAGGUCUAGUAUUGACCACACCACUGGCACUGACAAAAUGAAAAUCCACAAUAAUGUUGUAAACUCAGUUAAUCAUCCUAUUUUCUAUUCAAUGGCAUUCUUUUGCAUGUUUUCCUUGACACAUUUCUAUUCAGAGAGGCAGGACAAGGUCAGGGUGACAUUUAUUACAGCUGUAGUAGACACAUUCAAUGCUACUGAGCUGAAUAUCUUUCUCUUUGGAGGGAAGCAUGGAAUCUUGGGCUUGUGUGGUGUUACAUCUUUAGCAGAAGAAACAACCUUAUUUCUUGUAUGUGUGUUCCACAGAGGCUUCACAGAGAACUACCCCUCAGUGCUGAGGAACUGGAGAAUGUCUUUGACUCCCUGGAUACUGACCAGAACGGCUACCUCACCCUUGAAGUGUUCUCAUCAGGAUUCAGUGAGUUCCCUGUUUCCUCUUUAUCUACAUUCAAUUUCAAUUAAAUUAAAUUAGACUCCCCAAGGGGCAAUCUGCUGUAUAUCUCAUGGUUUACUGUUGGUUCAAUAACUUAUGUUUUGAGAUCAAUGUAGUGAGGGACCACAUUCAAAUGUGACAAAGACAAGGUAUAGAUGAAUUUAUCACCUAGCUGGCAGGGAGUAGAUGCUCACCCAGGUAAGGAUAGGUUGUAAAGGAUAGGUUGUACUCUGUAUAAAAUGCACUUACAAAUCAAACAAACUUAAAAACUUGAUAGCCUCUUUUCACAACUUGAUAAUUGAGAGUGCUGGGCACUUUCAAAAACAAAACACCCCCUGAUUUGUAAUUCAAACUGAUGUUACGUCAUCUUGCUGGUGAUGCUUAUGCUUCCUGCAUCCUGGUCUGUCCCCAGGUCAGUUCCUGCACGGCCGAAGGAUCUCUGUAGCCGAGGACGCAGUACCCGCUCUCCCCACUUCGAGGAAGCCCUCAGAAGCCCUAUACCAGAGCCAAUGGGACGAGAGGUUAACUGGAGGGGGGGAGGAUGACGAGGAGAGUCACUUCUGUAUGCUGCUGGAGAGCCUAGGGGCCAGCAAUGUAUUCCAGGAGUGAGUGGAGUUAACCCCACCUCACAUUAUUACAUAUUAUACAACGGGUGGGUCUAAUCCUGGAUGCUGAUUAGUUUCAACUGCAUUCCAGCCAGAGUCUAUUCCACAAGUUACCACCGGGUAAAUCUAUGACGUUGAAAUGCCUAUUUACUCUGUUCCAUCUCUAUGCGCACUGCACUGUCUCAUCAGCCCAGCCAGGCAAUUUAUAAACUUGAUCUCCACUAUAAAAAUCAUCUAGACAUUAUCUCCCAUUUCUUUUAGACUAGCAUUUGGUUUUCAACAGCGGAGAUUUGUAUAAACCUUGCUGUCUGUCUCUCCAACAUUUGCAACAUUGUUUCAAUAUUGAAAUUCAAUCUCCAGCUGUCCCAUAGUAAUGAAAGUGUGGGGAUGAGACAGACAGGCAGACAGCUUUUCUCAGCCAGUCGAAAUCAUGAAUCACUGGCAUCAUUUUUAUGGAUAUAUACAAAGAAAUGUCAAUAGAUAACAGAUCAAAUGAAACGAAAUACAGCUAGUUUGCAGUCUUUCCAGCUUCAGUUUAAAGUGAUUGUGUUAGCUGUGUUGUUGGCUAGUCUCCUGAUGAGAGAGCACAUUUUCUAUGCCAGGUGAAAUCGUGCAUCAUUAGCUCAUUGUUAUGGAUGUAUCCAAAUAAAUGUCACUAGAAAACAGCUUAAGCAAAUGCAGCUACUUUGCUGUUAUUCUGACUGCACUGUUUGACGUGACUAAGUUAGCCAUAGUUGGCUAACUAGCAAGCAACUCGCGUUCAUAGAUACAGAACAAAAAUACUUAACGACUGGGUCGCAUCUCUGGCAACCGAACCGAUAGAACGAACAACCAGCCGGCUUGGGUAGCAACCUUAGAUUUGUGUCGGGACUAUAUCUCGUGGAAGGAUGAAAUGUUAUGAAUAAAUUAAUCAAAAUGACGUUCAUGAAAAUAUGUCAGUCAUUAUUUGAAUAUGUUGGUAACCCGUUGUAUAAAGUGAUAAUGCCCUCGAAGCCGGUGUUUGGAGGAUAUACUGUAGAGUUUUAUCAGAACUCUUACCCUCUGUCGCUCUCUGUCUGCCUGUCUCCCUCUCCUCCAGUCCAGGCGAAGUGCGCAGCUUGUGGGCCCAGCUGAGGAGGGACGAGCCUCACCUCUUGUCCAACUUUGAGGAGUUCCUGGCCAGAGUCACCUUCCAGAUCAAAGAGGCCAAAGAUGAGAGGAGGGAGAUGGAGAGUGCCCUGCAGAGGUUGGAGACCACAAAUACUACUAACAAAUACCUCCUCUCUGUUGUCUCUGCUACUCCCUGGGCCAGUUUCCCCAGACACAGAUGAAGCCUAGUCCCAGACUGCAAAGCAUGGGAGAAUCUCUUUUAAAAGUGCUUUUUAGUCCAGGACAAGGCUUGAUCUGUGUCUGGGAAACUUUGGCAUUUAGGCAUGAUUAUGUGAUCAGUAUGUGUGAUAUCUUCACUGUGACUGUUUAGUGGACUGCAACCACAGCCAUUCAAACCACAAUACAAACAGCUUGCGGCCUUGUAAAUGAAUGUCCAAUAUUUCUACGGUUUCUUGAUUGCAGCUCGUCAUAGUGUGGUUAUUAGGUUCGAACUGCGGUCAUUGAUUCAAAGAACUGACGAUAGCUUGUUCUGUUCCCACCCAUGUGAUAGGGCUAUGGUCUAUGUUGCUAUAGAGGUCUGUUCGUGUACCAGAUUGUGGUACAAAUAACAUUUUAUUCAUCAGAGGAUUCUAUCCGAUCGAAAGGAGUCAUUUUACAACAUGAAAGUUGAAAGCACGGAGUAGUUAAUAGCUUCAAAUAGUUUAUAUAGGCCUGCAGUGAAUGAAGGCAGCGAGGUUCUAGCAAGUCAACUACUCCAGACAUAAGUUACAUAUUAUUUGUUGAACCUGCUGGUGACAUGUGCCAACAUGUGCGUUUAUGUUUCUGCCUUGUGGCUGUAGACUGUAGACUGAAUCAAAGGCACCGGAGGAGAUGGCUGCCGUUUUACCAAUUGCGCUAUUGUGUGUGUUUUUUGGUGUUAUUUGUAACUUAUUUGUACAUAAUGUUUCUGCCACCGUCUCUUAUGACCGAAAAUAGUUUCUGGAUAUCAGGACAGCGAUUACUCACCUCGUACUGGACAAAUAUUUUUUCUUUAACGAGUCGGACGUGAAGGAUUUACUUCAGACACCCGACAAGGCCCAAAUCCCUGUCAUUUGCAGGAGAAAGAGACAGAGAUCAGGGACGUAGGUCGGGCUGCCUUGUAAGGAUCCGACGGCGAGUGGGUCAUCUGCCUCUACCAUCAGUCCUAUUAGCCAACAUACAGUCGUGGUCAAACGUUUUGAGAAUGACACAAGUAUUGGUCUUCACAAAGUUCACUGCUUCAGUGUUAUGAGAUAUUUUUGUCAGAUGUUACUAUGGUAUACUGAAGUAUAAUUACAAGCAUUCCAUAAGUGUCAAAGGCUUUUAUUGACAAUUACAUUUAGUUUAUGCAAAGAGUCAAUAUUUGCAGUGUUGACCCUUCUUUUUCAAGACCUCUGCAAUCCGCCCUGGCAUGCUGUCAAUUAACUUCUGGGCCACAUCCUGACUGAUGGCAGCCCAUUCUUGCAUAAUCAAUGCUUGGAGUUUGUCAGAAUUUGUGGGUUUUUGUUUGUCUACCCGCCUCUUGAGGAUCGACCACAAGUUCUCAAUGGGAUUAAGGUCUGGGGAGUUUCCUGGCCAUGGACCCAAAAUGUUGAUGUUUUGUUCCCCGAGCCACUUAGUUAUCACUUUUGCCUUAUGGCAAGGUGCUCCAUCAUGUUGGAAAAGGCAUUGGUCGUCACCAAACUGUUCUUGGAUGUUUGGGAGAAGUUGCUCUCGGAGGAUGUGUUGGUACCAUUCUUUAUUCAUGGCUGUGUUCUUAGGCAAAAUUGUGAGUGAGCCCACUCCCUUGGCUGAGAAGCAAGCAACCCCACACAUGAAUGGUCUCAGGAUGCUUUACUUUUGGCAUGACACAGGACUGAUGGUAGCGCUCACCUUGUCUUCUCCGGACAAGGUGUUUUCCGGAUGCCCCAAACAAUCGUAAAGGGGAUUCAUCAGAGAAAAUGACUUUACCCCAGUCCUCAGCAGUCCAAUCCCUGUACCUUUUGCAGAAUAUCAGUCUGUCUCUGAUAUUUUUCCUGGAGAGAAGUGGCUUCUUUGCUGCCCUUCUUGACACCAGGCCAUCCUCCAGAAGUCUUUGCCUCACUGUGCGUGCAGAUGCACUCACACCUGCCUACUGCAAUUCCUGAGCAAGCUCUGCACUGGUGGUGCCCCGAUCCCGCAGCUGAAUCAACUGCAGGAGACGGUCCUGGCGCUUGCUGGACUUUCUUGGGCGCCCUGAUGCCUUCUUCACAACAAUUGAACCUAUCUUCUUGAAGUUCUUGAUGAUCCGAUAAAUGGUUGAUUGAGGUGCAAUCUUACUAGCAGCAAUAUCCUUGUCUUUGAAGCCCUUUUUGUGCAAAGCAAUGAUGACGGCACGUGUUUCCUUGCAGGUAACCAUGGUUAACAGAGGAAGAACAAUGAUUUCAAGCACCACCCUCCUUUUAAAGCUUCCAGUCUGUUAUUCUAACUCAAUCAGCAUGACAGAGUGAUCUCCAGUCUUGUCCUCAUCAACACUUUCACCUGUGUUAACGAGAUAAUCACUGACAUGAUGGCAGCUGGUCCUUUUGUGGCAGGGCUGAAAUGCAGUGGAAAUGUUUUUUGGGAUUAAGUUCAUUUUCAUGGCAAAGAGGGACUUUUCAAUUAAUUGCAAUUCAUCUGAUCACUCUUCAUGACAUUCUGGAGUAUACAGUGGGGAGAACAAGUAUUUGAUACACUGCCGAUUUUGCAGGUUUUCCUACUUACAAAGCAUGUAGAGGUCUGUAAUUUUUAUCAUAGGUUCACUUCAACUGUGAGAGACGGAAUCUAAAACAAAAAUCCAGAAAAUCACAUUGUAUGAUUUUUAAGUAAUUCAUUUGCAUUUUAUUGCAUGACAUAAGUAUUUGAUCACCUACCAACCAGUAAGAAUUCCGGCUCUCACAGACCUGUUAGUUUUUCUUUAAGAAGCUCUCCUGAUCUCCCCUCAUUACCUGUAUUAACUGCACCUGUUUGAACUCGUUACCUGUAUAAAAGACACCUGUCCACACACUCAAUCAAACAGACUCCAACCUCUCCACAAUGGCCAAGACCAGAGAGCUGUGUAAGGACAUCAGGGAUAAAAUUGUAGACCUGCACAAGGCUGGGAUGGGCUACAGGACAAUAGGCAAGCAGCUUGGUGAGAAAGCAACAACUGUUGGCGCAAUUAUUAGAAAAUGGAAGAAGUUCAAGAUGACGGUCAAUCAACCUCGGUCUGGGGCUCCAUUCAAGAUCUCAUCUCGUGGGGCAUCAAUGAUCAUGAGGAAGGUGAGGGAUCAGCCCAGAACUACACGGCAGGACCUGGUCAAUGACCUGAAGAGAGCUGGGACCCCAGUCUCAAAGAAAACCAUUAGUAACACACUACGCCGUCAUGGAUUAAAAUCCUGCAGCGCACGCAAGGUCCCCCUGCUCAAGUCAGCGCAUGUCUAGGCCCGUCUGAAGUUUGCCAAUGACCAUCUGGAUGAUCCAGAGGAGGAAUGGGAGAAUGUCAUGUGGUCUGAUGAGACAAAAAUAGAGCUUUUUGGUCUAAACUCCACUCGCCGUGUUUGGAGGAAGAAGAAGGAUUAGUACAACCCCAAGAACACCAUCCCAACCGUGAAGCAUGGAGGUGGAAACAUCAUUCUUUGGGGAUGCUUUUCUGCAAAGGGGACAGGAUGACUGCACCGUAUUGAGGGGAGGAUGGAUUGGGCCAUGUAUCAUGAAAUCUUGGCCAACAACCUCCUUCCCUCAGUAAGAGCAUUGAAGAUGGGUCGUGGCUGGGUCUUCCAGCAUGAUAACGACCCGAAACACACAGCCAGGGCAACUAAGGAGUGGCUCCGUAAGAAGCAUCUCAAGGUACUGGAGUGGCCUAGCCAGUCUCCAGACCUGAACCCAAUAGAAAAUCUUUGGAAAAGCUGAAAGUCCGUAUUGCCCAGCGACAGCCCCGAAACCUGAAGGAUCUGGAGAAGGUCUGUAUGGAGGAGUGGGCCAAAAUCCCUGCUGCAGUGUGUGCAAACCUUGUCAAGACCUACAGGAAACGUAUGAUCUCUGUAAUUGCAAACAAAGGUUUCUGUACCAAAUAUUAAGUUCUGCUUUUCUGAUGUAUCAAAUACUUAUGUCAUGCAAUAAAAUGCAAAUUAAUUACUUAAAAAUCAUACAAUUUGAUUUUCUGGAUUUUUGUUUUAGAUUCCGUCUCUCACAGUUGAAGUGUACCUAUGAUAAAAAUUACAGACCUCUACAUGCUUUGUAAGUAGGAAAAUCUGCAAAAUUGGCAGUGUAUCAAAUACUUGUUCUCCCCACUGUAUGUAAAUUGCCAUCAUCAAAACUGAGGCAGCAGACUUUGUGAAAAUUAGUAUUUGUGUCAUUCUCAAAACUUUUGACCACGACUGUACAAUCAUUGGAUAACAAAAUAGACGAGCUACGAUCACGAAUAUCCUACCAACGGGACAUUAAAAACUGUAAUAUCUUAUGUUUCACCGAGUCGUGGCUGAACGACGACAUGGAUAACAUACAGCUGGUGGGGUUUACACUGUAUCGGCAAGAUAGAACAGUGGCCUCCGGUAAGACAAGGGGUGGCGGUCUGUGUAUAUUUGUAAGCAACAGCUGGUGCACGAAAUCUAAUAUUAAGGAUGUCUCGAGGUUUCCUUGCCUGAGGUAGAGUAUCUCAUGAUAAGCUGUAGACCACCCUAUUUACCAAGAGAGUUUUCAUCUAUAUUUUUUGUAGCUGUCUAUUUACCACCACAAACCGAUGCUGGCACUAUAACCUCACUCAAUGGCCAUAAGCAAACAGGAAAACGCUCAUCCAGAGGCAGCGCUCCUAUUGGCCGGGGACUUUAAUGCAGGGAAACCUAAUUUCUACCAGCAUGUUAAAUGUGCAACCAGAGGAAAAAAAAACUCUAGACCACCUUUACUCCACACACAGAGACGCGUACAAAGCUCUCCCUCGCCCUCCAUUUGGCAAAUCUGACCAUAAUUAUAUCCUCCUGAUUCCUGCUUACAAGCAAAAACUAAAGCAGGAAGCACCAGUGACUCGGUCAAUAAAGAAGUGGUCAGAUGACGCAGAUGCUAAGCUACAGCACUGUUUUGCUAGCACAGACUGGAAUAUGUUCCGGGAUUCUUCAGAGGAGUACACCACAUCAGUCACUGGCUUCAUCAAUAAGUGCAUCGAUGAUGUCUUCCCCACAGUGACCGUACAUACAUAUCCCAACCAGAAGUCAUGGAUUACAGGCAACAUCCGCACUGAGCUAAAGGGUAGAGCUGCCACUUUCAAGGAGCGGGACUCUAACCCAGACGCUUAUAAGAAAUCCCGCUAUGCCUUCCGACAAACCAUCAAACAGGCAAAGCGUCAAUACAGGACUAAGAUUGAUUCGUACUACACCGGCUCCGAUGCUCGUCGGAUGUGGCAGGGCUUGCAAACUAUUACAGACUACAAAGGGAAGCACAGUCGCGAGCUGCCCAGUGACACGAGCCUACCAGAUGACCUAAAUUACUUCUAUGCUCGCUUCGAGGCAAGCAACACUGAAGCAUGCAUGAGAGCAUCAGCUGUUCCGGACGACUGUGUGAUCACACUCUCCGUAGCCGAUGUGAGUAAGACCUUUAAACAGGUUAACAAGGCCGCAGGACCAGACGGAUUACCAGGACGUGCACUCCGAGAAUGCGCUGACCAACUGGCAAGUGUCUUCACUGACAUUUUCAACCUGUCCCUGACUGGGUCUGUAAUACCUGUGUCCCUGUGCCCACUGAGUCUGUAAUAAUAAUGUCCCUGUGCCCAAGAACACUAAGGUAACCUGCCUAAAUGACUACAGAUCCGUAGCACUCACGUCUGUAGCCAUGAAGUGCUUUGAAAGGCUGGUCAUGGCUCACAUCAACACCAUUAUCCCAGAAACCCUAGACCCCCUCCAAUUUGCAUACCGCCCCAACAGAUCCACAGAUGAUGCAAUCUCUAUUGCGCUCCACACUGCCCUUUCCCACCUGGACAAAAGGAACAUCACUGGGGCCAAGCUUCUUGCCAUCCAGGAGCUCUAUACCAGGGGGUGUCAGAGGAAGGCCCUAAAAAUUGUCAAAGACUCCAGCCACAGAUUGUUCUCUCUGCUACCGCACGGCAAGUGGUACUGGAGCACCAAGUCUAGGUCCAAAAGGCUUCUUAACAUCUUCUACCCCCAAGCCAUAAGACUCCUGAACAGCUAAUCAAAUGGCUACCCGACCUAUUUGUAUUGUCCCCCCACCCAUCCCCUCUUUUACGCUGCUGCUACUCUGUUAUCUAUGCAUAGUCAAUUUAACUCUACAUGUACAUAUUACCUGGACUAACCUGUGCCCCCGCACAUUGACUCUGUACCGGUACCCUCUGUAUAUAGCCUCGCUGCUGUUAUUUUACUGCUGCUCUUUAAUGAUUUAUUUUCAUUUAACACUUUUCUUAAAACUAAAUUGUUGGUUAAGGGCUUGUAAGUAAGCAUUUCAUUGUAAGGUCUACACCGGUUGUAUUGGGUGCAUGUGACAAAUAAAAUUUGAUUAGACACGGAGCUCUGUGUGGGUUUACCAUAAUGCUAUAUAGAAUGCCCCCCUUAUCCCUUUCAAAUGACCACUAAGCUCAGGGAUCAGAUUCUCAGAAGGGAACUUUUGAAAGAAGGGUCCAUAACGCAUUGAUUGCAAGCCUGAGAAAUUGGCUGCCAUGUAGGCAGACAUUAGAUAAUGUAUUGUUCUCCCCCGAAACAAUGUGUACUAUACUACCUUUGACGAUAGACAAUGAAUAGUCGGGUGGGUAUUUGUAUUGCUGUGGUCCCUGUUGUGUUCUGUAAUACUAAUAGUAUGCAUUGUUCCCAUGGUACCGCUUAAGACAACUUGAGUCCUCUUACUAAUUGUUUGCUUAAUAAGGUGUCCGAAUGUUAAAGGAAUGCAAAUGCCAAGAGCAGAGUUUUUCCAUCUGUAUCUACCCAGACAGUAUACUGGUGCGUGUGCACCGGUCUGUGGAGCUACAGAUGGAAAAACACUGCUCUUGGCAUUUGCAUUCCUUUGCAGUAGACUAAAGUAAAUGUCACGUGGUGAAAACAAUGUGACCAGUUCUUUGGAUCUGGGUUGAGCAGCCAGAGUAAAGUAGAGGCAGACAACAAAAAUAUGUUUUCAAACAUUUAGUAAAUUAAGGCACGGUUUCACAAGUUCACCUUUUCAGCGUGGCUCAUCUCUGGCCCAGGAACAUAUUCACAAACUAUGCAACAUACCAAAAACACAGAGGAAACAAAAAUCACAUGAGGCAGGCAGGCAGGUAGGUAGGUAGGUAGGCAUCCAUCCACCCAUCACACCCAUCACACCCAUCACACCAUCACACCCAUCACACCCAUCACACCCAUCACACCCAUGAACCACCAUACUUCUGAACUACAUCACCUCCUGUGGGCAGCUGCCUAGAACACAGGAAGAAACAGGGUUUACAUACAUGCUAACUGUUCUGUUAAUUAGUCAAUUGUCCAAUGAGAAUGCUUGAUGAAUUAACAGGGGCAAUUAGUCACACCUGUGACAUAAACAGAAUCAACUAUACUCACUCUCAAACCUAGCACUUCCAAACAGCAUCUGGUUAAGUAGUUAUGUAGUUGUUAUUAAAUCCAUUCUCCCCCAUACAUACAGGAAAGCAGCCACACACGACAGUGAGAUCCGCCGUCUGUAUGAAGAAAUGGAGCAACAAAUGAAAAGUGAGCAGGAACGGCUGCUCCUCCAGGUACAUAUAGUUCAUAAGUUAGUUUAAAUGACUUGUGACCCUCUCCAAGACCUGUCUCUUAACACCAAACUCUAAACACAUCUACCGGAACCAUACCUACUGUAUACCCUUGAGCCUCUAAACACAACUACCAGAACCCUAGCUACUGUAUACCCUUGAGCCUCUAAACACAACUACCAGAACCAUACCUACUGUAUACCCUUGAGCCUCUAAACACAACUACCAGAACCAUACCUACUGUAUACCCUUGAGCCUCUAAACACAUCUACCGGAACCAUACCUACUGUAUACCCUUGAGCCUCUAAACACAUCUACCGGAACCAUACCUACUGUAUACCCUUGAGCCUCUAAACACAUCUACCGGAACCAUACCUACUGUAUACCCUUGAGCAAGGCACUCAAUUGACUCAAUAUAGUUGUAUUGUACUGUAUUCCUGUUGUUUAAUUUCUCCUAUCCUAAUGUUCUGUCCCUGUCUCUCCUCUGGUCUCCAUCAGGACUCGGAGCGUCUCCAGUCUCGUAGUCACGACCUGGAGCACCAGCUGUCCAGUAAGGAGAGAGAGCUGGAGCAGCUCUUCCAGAAACAGAGGAGGGUGAGUGACUGAGGUGCCUCCUCUCCUGUAACUCUCCAGGAGGAGGGUUGGCCACCUCUGAUCUCCUGUAACUCUCCAGGAGGAGGGUUGGCCACCUCUGAUCUCCUGUAACUCUCCAGGAGGAGGGUUGGCCACCUCUGAUCUCCUGUAACUCUCCAGGAGGAGGGUUGGCCACCUCUGAUCUCCUGCAGGGUUUAUCCCCCAGCAUGAUUUCAGUCUUUGUGUAUUUUCAGUGCAGAAAAAGGAGAGAAGACAAAGAUGUGACUAGAACAGAACAGAACAGAAUAGAAUAGAACAGAACAGAACAGAAUAGAACAGAAUAGAACAGAACAGAACAGAAUAGAACAGAAUAGAAACAGAACAGAACAGAAUAGAACAGAACAGAAUAGAACAGAACAGAACAGAAUAGAACAGAAUAGAAGGAGAGGAAGUUACUUUUGUCUGUUGAGAUGCCCCCCGUCAUGACUCCCUAACAAUGUUGCCCUUUGACCCCCCAGUUGGAGCUCCAGUGUCGCGACCUGAGCAGUGAGCAGCAGGAGAACCAGGUGGAGAACGUCAAGCUGAAGAUGACCAACGAAGAGCUUAGCAGAGAGCUGGAGAGCACCUGUCAGGAACUGUCCCUGGCCCAGGAACAAAUGACCAUGCUGCAGGACCAGGCUGCCCGCCUGCACCAGGAGAGAGAGAUGUGGGUUAAUAUUACCACUAGCUAUAAUGACCAAAUACAAAAACAAACACACUCACACUCACUCGCCUAGGCAUCGCACUUCCACAAACAUUCCAUCAGUGGCUAUGGCAUGUCACUCCUAGUACAGGUACUAUUCACUAGAUUACUGUCUAGGUGUGGUUCAGUGAGCUUUGGUGACUGUGUCUCUCUCUGCUCAGGGAAAUGUACCGAGUCACUGAGGGACUACAGAGAGAGAAACAGAGCCUGAUGAAACAACUAGACCUUCUCAGGUAAGUUACACACACACACCUAGGCACGGACGCACGCACACAGUAUUCCUGUUAUACAUGAAUUUGACAGUUUAUAUUGUUUUCUGUUUUCUAUCCAGAGAGAUGAACAAACAUUUAAAAGACGAGCGAGACAUAUGCUGUGCUGUGGUGAGUUCUCGAAUCUUGAUGUUUGACUGUUUCCUUUGUGGUGAUAUUGUGGACAUUGACAAUUAUAUUGAUUUAUUCUAUUUCAGUCUAUUGUAUCCUCUUUGCUCUACAGAACCCCAGGAACUCCCUCAAACAGAAGCAGAAGCAGAGAGCAAGUUUGGUCAAUCUGUUUGCAGACACCAGCCAGCAGCCGGUUAAAAGGUGAGGUCAUUUCCUUUAGAAGUGCCCUGAACAUAAUCAACCAGUCUUGUCAUGUGUGACAGGAUAAUGAUUUUAUUUUAUGGCCGUCAGUAACGUGAUUUAAAUCAACAUUGGAUUAAAGAGGAGAUACGGAGGAUGUGAAAUCAAAAAAAGUGUUGUUGAGUCCAAGGCACCCAAUUGGUCAAUUUAAUGUAAGGUACUUUACAGCAUAAGGAGUGUAUUUUCAUUAUAAUAUAUUAAGGAUAUAUUUGAAAUGGAGAGGCUGCUGGGCUGCUCUUGAAAGUAAUAGCAGCACCCAGAAUCAAUUUGAGUUACCAUUUAAUGAUAAUGGUCUGUAACGAGAGACUAACAUGAAAGUGCCUUGGACUCAUUUGAUGCUUGGCGACAUGGGACUCAGAAACACUCAUUUUGAUCCAACAUCCUCUGUUUCUUCCUCUUGUCUCCAAAGAGCCUCACUCUUCGCCCGGGGUUCCUAUGAGUUCCUUGACGCGCUGCCCAUAGAACACCUUCAAAUCUCUUUUGUCUCCUCCCCAUCCUCAUCUAGUGAGGACGAUAUGGACGCCGCUUGUCCAGCACGUUCGCCGAAAACCAACUACGGCUUGGCCAACGGCUACCACGACUCCAACACCUGGUCCCCGACCCAGGUGGCUGAUGGGAAGGUGGAGACGGUGGUUGAGGUGGAGGCGCAGGGGAUGAGGGGGGUGCGGGUGAAGGAGAGGAUCUCCAAGUUCGAGUCAGAGAAGACCCUCGCCCCCACCCAGGAAGAAAGGGAGAGGGAGAGGCAUACAGAGUACCAGAGUAAGCCGGAGGUAGGGGGCGACGGGCUGGACGGUCCCCCAGACGGGUGGCCUCUCCGUCGGGUUAUCUCCAUCGAGGAGGACCACCUCCCCCACCUGCUUCACGGAGGGCCCCAGCCCCUGCUGCACCAGCUCAGUGAGCAAGACGACGAGGAGGAAGAGGAGGAAGAGAAGGAAGAUCUGGAGAGUGGUGUCCUCUUCGCCCCUGUUCCUCUACCCGUCCCGGUCACGACAGUGUCCCCCUCCAAACACAGAGGUCGUUUCAGCAGAAUCAGAAACGCCCCCUCGUCACCUCGAGGACAGCCCGUCGGCAAGGAGACCCAACAUGUGAAUAAAUCUCUAUUCAUGUAUUGUAUUUUAAUUAACUUUGUGGAUUGACUGAGUUAAAAUGAAGUUGACCCCAACUCUGCAAGGGGUGGAAGACCCUGCUGUAGUAGGACAUUACCUAAUAAGAUAAGAUCUGUCGUCAUUGCGUUAAGCGUCAAAACUAGAACCCCUCAUCUGAGCGAUCAACAACAUUGCCAAAGAAGCCCUUCAAUAUGCAAUCAAUUGAAAAUGAAUAUCAUUCUGUAUAACUCUUUCUCUGCCUAUCCCUCCAGAGGGUGAAGGAGGGGGCGGUGCCUGCCCCUGACCGCCUGUUUAAGGUGGUUCUGGUGGGCAACUCCAGCGUUGGCAAGACUUCCCUGCUGCGCACCUUCUGUGACGGCCGCUUCCACCCCUCCACCUCCCCUACUGUGGGUGAGAACCGACAACACAGCAGCACACUUCAACCUUCUGCUCACUACAGCAUGCUGCCUCAUAACAUUACUGUAUACCACGGGUGUCACAGGCCUUUGUGUGUGUGUGUGUUAAUAUGGUGGCAGUGGUCGUUUGUGCAUUCACUGUGUGUGUGUGUGUGUGUGUGUGUGUGUGCACAUUCUUAUGUAUGUGAGUGUGAGUAACUAUCAGAAGAUAAAGGGCAAAGCGGCAUCACAUGAAAGGGCUCGUGAAGUCACACUCCCUGUCUGUGAACCCCUGGUACACAUUGUACCGCCGCAGAUUAUGUCACAUCGAAUCAAUUUAAUUCUCCUCUGAAUCCCCUUGGUUCCCCCCUUAUAGGAUAGCUUGUUUGAUUUCACCGCUUUGAUAUGAGUGGAACUGUGAAACUGUGGUCCGCUGUAGCUCAAUUGGUAGAGCAUGGCGCUUGUAACGCCAGGGUAGUGGGUUCGAUCCCCGGGACCACCCAUAUGUAAAAAUGUAUGCACACAUGACUGUAAGUCGCUUUGGAUAAAAGCGUCUGCUAAAUGGCAUAUUAUUAUUAUUAUUAUUAUUAUUAUUAUUAUUAUUAUGAAAGACAGUUACCUUAACACCAAGCUUGAUGAAUAGCUCAACUACCCCCUCUAGUGUUCAUUCAUGAAAUGAAGUAAUGCUACAGUAUAUUAUUGCUGUAUAUUCCUCUUAAUACCGUAAUAAUCGGUCUGAGGGCUGUUCCUGAUAGGUGUUGAUUACAGUGUGAAGACUCUAAUGUUGGACAACACCCAGGUAGCCAUGCAGCUGUGGGACACGGCAGGGCAGGAGAGGUGAGUGGCCAUAGACCAGUGAAAAUAGUAUUGCCAAACCUCACCAAUAGCUAAGAAAACAAUGUGUUAUUUUGGCCUGGGUGCUAGUCUGAGAAUGUGACUUAGAUGACGACAAACAAAGCAAAGUUCUCAGGUUGGCAUUUGGCACUUUGGCAAAAUAAACAGGGUUCCAUUUUGUCCAGCUGUGACUUUUCUCUGUUGGCUACAGAUACCGUAGCAUCACCAAGCAGUUCUUCCGUAAGGCGGACGGCGUGGUGGUCAUGUAUGACGUCACGGUGCUGGACAGCUUCAAGGCUGUGCGACCCUGGUUCAUCAACGUCCAGGUCAGAUCACCUUUGACAUUUGGCCAGGCUGGACAUGACAAAUAAUAAUGUCUGUUCUAAACAGUUUAUUUCUAUCUGAACGUUUUAAGCAGACCUCUGACCUUUCAUUGACCCCUGUUUUCACAGGAAGCUGCGGGAGAGGGCAUUCCCAUCCUGCUCCUGGGCAACAAGAUGGACGCGACGUCCGAGAGGAAGGUACCACUCAGAGAUGCAGAGAAUCUGGCCAAUGUGAGUUCUCCAUUUAGGGAAUUGAGUUUAGGGAGUCAUAAGUGUCAUCCUAUAGCAUGCUAUGACAUGAAUCUCAAGAACUGAACAACCAACACACAGAGUGGGGGGAAAUCUGUUCACUGUCUAUAAAUAUGGAUGAGACCUCGCAUAGCUGUCACUAUUGCCAUCUGUAGGUCCUCUACAGAUGCCGUAUCUUAAUUUGAUCAUCCUGUUGCAGGAAUUUUGUAGUGUAUUCAAGGUUUAAAAAGGCUUCUAAAGUUUGUAAUUUCCACGUAAAAUGUCAGACUUGCCAGCAGCAUACCACCCUGCAUCCUACUGCUGGCUUGCCUCUGUAGCUAAGCAGGGUCGGUCCUGGUCAGUCCCUGGAUGUGAGUCCACAUGCUGCUGGAAGUGGUGUUGGAGGGCCAGUAGGAGGCACUCUUUCCUCUGGUCUAAAAAAAAUAUCCCAAUGCCCCAGGGCAGUGAUUGGGGACAUUGCCCUGUGUAGGGUGCUGUCUUUCAGAUGGGACAUUAAAAUGGGUGUCCUGACUCUCUGUGGUCACUAAAGAUCCCAUGGCACUUAUCGUAAGAGUAGGGGUGUUCACCCCGGUGUCCUGGCUAAAUUCCCAAUCUUGCCCUCAUACCAUCAUGGCCACCUAAUUAUCCCCAGCUUCCAGUUGGCUCAUUCAUCCCACCUCCUCUCCCCUGUAACUAUUCCCCAGGUCGUGGCUGUAAAUGAGAAGGUGUUCUCAGUCAACUUACCUGGUAAAAUAAAAUGAUGAAAAAAGGUAUCAACCCCUAAAUUUUUUUUUAUAUUAAUUAUAAUCCAAAUAAUAAUUAACUUUUCCUGUUGCUGCAGGAUUCUUUUCCAACCUGGUUCAAAUGAACAUCCUACAACUGUAGCUCAGUGACAACCAGUGACCUGAGUCUCUUCUCUCCUGUAGGACACCCGUGUGAUAUUCUACGAGGUCAGUGCUUACACCGGCUACAACGUGACGGAGGCCAUGGUCCACCUGGCCAGGUAAGGGAGGGAGAGAGAGAACCCCUAGGUAUCGAGAUCUGAAUUAAUUGGUAUAAGCUAUGUUAAUGUUCCCACCUCGCCCUCUGAUCAUUUAGAAUAGGAGUUUUGUAUGGCUGUUAUUCCCAUUUUGAAUCCUUUCAGAUGAACUCAAAUCUCCAGGGGGUUAGGGGUUGAUCUCCAGAGGGUAGGGGUUAGGUGUUGAUCUCCAGAGGGUAGGGGUUAGGGUUUGAUCUCCAGAGGGUAGGGGUUAGGGGUUGAUCUCCAGAGGGUAGGGGUUAGGGGUUGAUCUCCAGAGGGUAGGGGUUAGGGUUUGAUUUCGGGACUGUGUGUGACAUGUCAAUGCAUCUGUCUGUGUGUCCAGAGUACUGAAAGAGCAGGAGGAUCGGGUGAGAGACACUGUUGUCUUACUGGAGGCUCUGCCUAUCAAGAAGAAAGCCUGCUGCAAGUAAAGACACUCAGAGAGAGAGAACUCCUGAUAACAAGUGAAGGAACUGGAUGGAUAGUUUGAUUUAGCUCUAGUCUACAUUACAACAAUUUUUCAGUUUUGUUAUUUGGACCUCCUGACUGUUAUGAGUAGAAGAAAUGUGUUCUACUGUAGAAGUAAUGGUACAUUUUGUCAAUUACAAAAGAAUUUAUGUAAAUAAGAGCUUGAUUAAGUUAAUGUUCAUUAGUCUGUCACACCAUAAGCACAACAAAAUAAUACAAAAUACUGAAGUGAAAUCUAAUUAAAUAUUUGAUUUUUUCC